AAGAGACGCCGAGGAAACCUUCCAAAAGCUGUCACUGCUAUUCUAAGAGAAUGGCUUGCUCGUCAUAAGAAACACCCAUACCCAACCGAGGAAGAAAAAGCCAGCCUGGCACGAGAAACCAAUCUGACCCUCAACCAGAUCAGCAAUUGGUUUAUUAAUGCCCGGCGACGA